AUGUCAGAACAGGUGAGUGAAGUAGCACCCAGAAUGGCAGGGAAUAUUGUACAACAGGUAUUUUACUUUGUCACUCAUACAGGUUUGGUCGCAUGUUGUUUCACUCCACACUGACCCAUGCCUCCUCUGAUAGGUGUGGAAUAAUAUAACAGUGUAGGAGGAGGCCCAACCCGAUGGAGGCCACAGUAGGACCGUCAGAGGAGUAGGAGUAUCCCAUCUGCCUCUCUGUUGGGCUCAGGUGCUCCUUGCCCUGUUGUUCUCCAGUGGAAUGCAAUGUCAGGGUUAUUUAGCCCUGGGUUGGAAUUCCAGUGCCAAUGUAAUGCACAUUUUAAUUUAUUAAAAGCAUUAUGGACACACACACACUGAGGUGGAUUAACCACGUCAAAUUUAAUUUAUUUGGGUAAAAACAUUUAGCCUACAACAAGAUGUACAUUGUAUUCCCAGAGGAUAGCACUUAAAAGUAUUAAAUAAAACACUUGUUUCCAAAGUGGUCCUCGAUGGUAAAAACAUCUGAUAUUAUGAGAGGGGCCUCUUAUUUUCCUUCUCUGUGCCUCUGAAAAUUCAAACCUAAUUUACCAAUGAGUGUUCGUGAUCGAUUUCUCUCAAAGCGCCCGUCAAUAAGAGUAACCAGGAUCAGGGACGGCCUGUUCAAUAGGGCGAUAUGGGCGACGCACUGCCAAACGGGAAAAGGAAGGGAUUUUUUUUCUAAUCAAUUAUAUCACGGCAACAGUAGUUAUCAGUGUUGUAAUCUAUACGUCUGAUCUGCCACAGUGCCACACUGCCACUAAAUGUCGAAUCAGGCUAAAGUCGUGCUUCAAAUGGCUCCACCCCCUUUUGGGGCGAUUUCAGUCAGAUUGAAAAUCGCCCAGAACUUCUGUCAUAGACUCCCAUGUAAAAUCUAUUUUUUUCAAAUUUCAGAGCCUUCAAUACAAUCUCAAUGGGUGUCUGUGGGCUUGCACUUACGCGCUUUCGUCAUACGUUACGUAACCAUGAACGUAACUGAGAAAAGAGUGGAUUGUUUGAAAGAAAUUCCUUUUUGUCGGCGAACAAAUGAAGAUAAAUUGGCAACGAAACAAUUAGGACCUCCCAGACCAAAUUUAAUAAUUCAACAGGUUUCUACUAAAGGCGGAAAGUCCUACACCCGAGGAUUUUCCAAAAAUUGGUACGAACGAAAAAAGACAUUGCCACUCACUCAACUGGAUGACGAGGGAUACAGGCUAGCUGUCCGCCGCCACAACGAUGAGGUUAGUGUUGAUAAUCACACGUUUACUGGAUGUGGAUAUGGUGUAAUAAAGGCAGUUUAUUCAGAGGUAAAUAUAUCUGGAAUCGCGUUCACGGACCCGUUCGUCAAACUCUUAGGGAGCUAUAAAUUAAGCCCCAUUACUUACCAUAUCAGAUAAGAGAAAUUGCUGCAGCUACAUAUAUUUUACAUCCUGGCCCUACAUAGUUCACUAUUUGCAUCACUUACCAAAAUAUUACAUGUGGUCAUAUACAGUGGGGAAAAAAAGUAUUUAGUCAGCCACCAAUUGUGCAAGUUCUCCCACUUAAAAAGAUGAGAGAGGCCUGUAAUUUUCAUCAUAGGUACACGUCAACUAUGACAGACAAAAAUAGAAGAAAAAAAUCCAGAAAAUCACAUUGUAGGAUUUUUAAUGAAUUUAUUGGCAUAUGAUGGUGGAAAAUAAGUAUUUGGUCAAUAACAAAAGUUUCUCAAUACUUUGUUAUAUACCCUUUGUUGGCAAUGACACAGGUCAAACGUUUUCUGUAAGUCUUCACAAGGUUUUCACACACUGUUGCUGGUAUUUUGGCCCAUUCCUCCAUGCAGAUCUCCUCUAGAGCAGUGAUGUUUUGGGGCUGUCGCUGGGCAACACAGACUUUCAACUCCCUCCAAAUAUUUUCUAUGGGGUUGAGAUCUGGAGACUGGCUAGGCCACUCCAGGACCUUGAAAUGCUUCUUACGAAGCCACUCCUUCGUUGCCCGGGCGGUGUGUUUGGGAUCAUUGUCAUGCUGAAAGACCCAGCCACGUUUCAUCUUCAAUGCCCUUGCUGAUGGAAGGAGGGUUUCACUCAAAAUCUCACGAUACAUGGCCCCAUUCAUUCUUUCCUUUACACGGAUCAGUCGUCCUGGUCCCUUUGCAGAAAAACAGCCCCAAAGCAUGAUGUUUCCAACCCCAUGCUUCACAGUAGGUAUGGUGUUCUUUGGAUGCAACUCAGCAUUCUUUGUCCUCCAAACAUGACGAGUUGAGUUUUUACCAAAAAGUUAUAUUUUGGUUUCAUCUGACCAUAUGACAUUCUCCCAAUCCUCUUCUGGAUCAUCCAAAUGCACUUCAGACGGGCCUGGACAUGUACUGGCUUAAGCAGGGGGACACGUCUCGCACUGCAGGAUUUGAGUCCCUGGCGGCGUAGUGUGUUACUGAUGGUUGGCUUUGUUACUUUGGUCCCAGCUCUCAGCAGGUCAUUCACUAGGUCCCCCCGUGUGGUUCUGGGAUUUUUGCUCACCGUUCUUGUGAUCAUUUUGACCCCACGGGGUGAGAUCUUGCAUGGAGCCCCAGAUCGAGGGAGAUUAUCAGUGGUCUUGUAUGUCUUCCAUUUCCUAAUAAUUGCUCCCACAGUUGAUUUCUUCAAACCAAGCUGCUUACCUGUUGCAGAUUCAGUCUUCCCAGCCUGGUGCAGGUCUACAAUUUUGUUUUUGGUGUCCUUUGACAGCUCUUUGGUCUUGGCCAUUGUGAAGUUUGGAGUGUGACUGUUUGAGGUUGUGGACAGGUGUCUUUUAUACUGAUAACAAGUUCAAACAGGUGCCAUUAAUACAGGUAACGAGUGGAGGACAGAGGAGCCUCUUAAAGAAGAAGUUACAGGUCUGUGAGAGCCAGAAAUCUUGCUUGUUUGUAGGUGACCAAAUACUUAUUUUCCACCAUAAUUUGCAAAUAAAUUCAUUAAAAAUCCUACAAUGGGAUUUUCUGGAUUUUUUUUUCUCAAUUUGUCUGUCAUAGUUGACGUGUACCUAUGAUGAAAAUUACAGGCCUCUCUCAUCUUUUUAAGUGGGAGAACAUGCACAAUUGGUGGCUGACUAAAUACUUUUUUGCCCCACUGUAUGCUUGGAAAGUGGAGAUGCCAUAGAACGUCAAAAAAGUAAACAUUGCUGGAGACACAUUGCCGUUUUGGAGAAGACAUCGCGUUUGCUAGCGAAGAGAUUUGUUGUGGCAAAUGAACUUGGGCUGGGAAUUGCCAGGAACCUCACGAUAAGAUAUAUGCAUCAGCAUUGCGAGUCUCAUGAUUCUAUACGUAUUGCGAUUCGAUACUGUGAUUUUAUUGCGCACCAUAUGUCUGUUGCAGAGGGAUCAGAAAGCCAUGAGAACGAGUUUUGAUCAGUCAUGGAAAUAAAAGUGCUGAAAACAAAUUGGCUCCCAAUGUGAAAAGAUUGAGAACAAGCUAUGAAGGAACAAUAAUGGUGUUUUGGUGCAGGUACAGCCAACUAGCGCUAAAAUAUUGCGAUAUUGUCAAUACAGUAUAUCGUAAAGUAUCACUAUGUAACUCGAUUUCUUUCACCCCAAUCCCUCAAAUUAACGGUAAAUAACUGAAUUGUUUGCCCCACAUUUAGCUAAGAUGAUUAGCUAGCCAGCUAAAAUGUUUUAGUUAGUUAGCAGUCGCAUCUACAAUAGUUUACUGUCAAUAACAUGUCUCCAAAAAUGACGUGGUGUCUCCAAUUGUGUUGACAUUUUACAAUUGCAAUGCGCAUCCAUGAGUAUCCACUUUCUGUAGCUCAGCUGGUAGAGCAUGGUGCUUGUAACGCCAAGGUAGUGGGUUCGAUCCCCGGGACCACCCAUACACAAAAAUGUAUGCACGCAUGACUGUAAGUCGCUUUGGAUAAAAGCGUCUGCUAAAUGGCAUAUUAUUAUUAUUAUUAUUAUUAUUAUUAUUAUUAUCUGAAGAGAGCCCCGAAACAUUGUGUGCAGACAUUUUAUGCAAUAAAUGAAGUAGGUUCAAUCUAGUAGUUCUGAUCUUCUGAUUGGUCCUGAUGAGUUGGGCGAGGUCCCCUGCAGGCUACUGUCACUGUUGCAUUGGCUCUGAGUCGGGUUCUCUGUCUUCAAAUGUUCAGCCUAAGAGAGGGGAUUUUUGUGUGUGUGUGUGUGUGUGUGUGUGUGUUUAACAGUGAUGAUGUGUGUGUGUGUGUGUGUGUGUUUAACAGUGAUGAUGUGUGUGUGUGUGUGUGUUUGUGUGUGUGUGUGUCCUCAGAGCAAGAACUCGUGAGUUGGAAGAACUGAGAGGCCUAUGGCGUGGGUGUUGUCCUUGGCCACCUGCUGACAAGGCUGACAAGAUAGGACCCUUUUGUCCAUUGUUAUUGGAUAGGAACAGAACUUAUAACCAGCUCCUGACCUAAAUAGAUCUUAGCACAACAUUUUACUCAACAUAUCAUAUUCCAUAUUCACUAUAACAAAUAUAUUUACUACGACAUUAGCAAGAACCGCCACAUCCUCAGCCGGCUAAUCCAGUGUGUGAAGUUUUGCGGAGUGUUUGAGUUAGCUUUGCGAGGCAAAGAUGAAACUGAGGGCUCCACCAACCCUGGUAAGCCAACACUUUUGAGAUCAGUCAAUAAAUGCUUCUGGUAUUGACUUAUAUGCUGCCCCUGUCUUCAUGUUGUUGCUGGACAUAUCUUUUUUUAAAUGUGUGUAGGUCACCUAAAUCAUCAGAAAAAUUGCCCCUCCUGAGAAUUUUUUCAGGAGCCGCCACUGACCAGGAUAAAGAUCCAAUUUAUAAACCUGGAUUGUGGAAUACUAGCUGUUAGGCAAUGCAUGGGCAUUCAUCAAUCUAAUUUCUGACUUAACUGUAUGGGCUAACAAACCAUUGUCAUAUGACGUGCCAAACUGAACAUGACCGCUAAAUGGCAUAUAUUUAUUAGUUUAUUAACUAGGGCUUCAUUCGCAUUUGAUUGUUUGAAGUUUUGGGUCUACAUGUACUUCAGAGUUAUGGUGUGUUCCACUCAUUAACGUUGUGAGGCUUUAACAAGGGCCCAUUGUUUCAACAAACAGAGAAAGCUGUGUUUUAAAAAGAAAGAGCGCUGAAAGAAUGAGCUGACUUUGAUGACAAAGUGUUAAUAUGAGUGCUACCAAUUAGGUUUGUAUGGUCAGCAACUUAUUUUUUGACAAAGGGGGUAUUGGCGGCCUUUGACCAGUGAAUUUCAGGUUCAAAGUUCAAACAUUUUUUUUACACUUGAUGUUAUACCCUUGAAUGAAUUAUUUUUGUAUGAAGCUUGUUGAUAUUCAUCAGGAUUAAAAUGGGCUCUACACUUUCAAGCAACUGAAUUGGAAUGUUCAGAUAGUACCUCCCCAUUUUUCACUCUGUUUCAAAAUUUAUCCCUAAUGAACCCAACCCUGAUCAGGGACCACUGACCUGAUUACUAUAACGCCCCAUGCAAACUAUCUGUUGACUGCUUCCUCUGAAUUAAUCCCAUAUUCUUCCAAAAAGGUGUAGCCUAUAUUUUAUUAGUUGAAAUUAUCAAUUAGUGGCUGGAAAUAUGACAGAUUGUGGCUUUAAGAGUGGCCUUCACCAUUCUAACCCACCCAUGUUCCAUCCUUAUCCAGUGGAUGGUGGUAUUAAAGAUGGGUGUGUUCUGUUGUUUUGCUACUGUUAGGGGUGUCUAGCCAGCACUGCAUCCUGGCUCCUGGCACAAGGACCUGCCUCCUAAUGGGAUUGGUGUCUGGCUGUGUAAACACCCCCCUCCGCUCCCUGCCCCAAGCUGUCCUGCAGAGAGAGAGAUGGAGAGUGCACUCCUUAAUUCAACCCCUAUCCUAUUUUGGUGUCUUUGUGAGUCACCAAAUACAUUAAAAGGAGAAAGAGAUCUGUCUGGAAUAUUUUAUCUGUAGAAUGCUUGAUAUCACGUUCCAUCUACUUUAAUAAUGAAUGUUUCUGAUUGUCAUAUCAGCUUAGCUUGUGCAGAAGCUUGUACCUUUUUUGAACUACAGUUUUGACCUAGUUAGUUUAAAUACUAAAGAAGAGUGAGUGGAUGGGUGGCAGUAGUUAAACAAUACGGCUCUUAGUUAUAAGGAGCUACUUUUUCUAGACAAUGGUGUCCCCUUUCAUUGCUCCAGUUCCUCAAGCCUUCCCGUCUUUUUUAUACCUUUGAAAAUCAGUAGCCUGGAGCAGAACACUGGUUUAACUGACCACCCAAAAUCUGCUGGCAAAAGUGACGAACGGUAGCACACAAGUCCCCUCUAGCAUGAAAUCCCCAAAGGCAACUUUGCAGAUCAAAAAGAAAACUAUUAGCUUCAUUUUGUGUUCAUAGUAACACUUUCUUUGAAGAUGGUAUAUCAAACUGUACCAUUGAAGUCAAAAGGCCUUUGCUAAAUUAGCAUGGUGGACCUGUGUAGGUAGAGCAUAGCGCUUGCAACGGCAGGAUUGUGGGUUAAAUACCCGCUUGGGCCACCCAUAUAAAAAUGUAUGAAUGUGUGAUUGUAAGUCGCUUUGGAAAAAAGCAUCUGCUAAAGGGCAUGUAUAAGUAAGCAUAUCCAUGUUGACAAGUUAACAGCCUUGGUGUUUUUGGAUUAGAUACUGUAUGUCCUCUAAAUUUAGCUUCAAUGUUUUUCCAUUUUGGUCACAAGCCUCGGGAACCAAAGAGUAAGAGGAUACAGGGGUGAAUCUCAGUCACAGUCUGACUGUAUAUUAACUGAGUAAACAGCUAUCUCUCCACAGAUCGGCUCUCCAGAAAGACAAGUAGUUCUUGAACUGAUAAAAGUCUGUGUACAUAAUCUGAUCUAGAAUUAUGUCUUGGCCAUAUAGUAAACCUAACUGAUGUGUAAAUGAGAAAGAGAGAGAGAUAAUCUGAAGUGCAUUUUAGGUUGAAACAACACACUGAUGUAAUUUAAUCAAGAGGUGAUUCUUGGCUAUUCCUGUGUCGUUAGCAUAUCUGGCAGUGGCAACCCCUCUCCUGAUGCUUCAAGGUGAUGGGGGGCCACUGAGUGCAUAGUGUUGUCAGUGAGAUCUUUUCCUUGCCCAUUUUGUAGCGUUCCUCAAAAGAGAGCCACUGUUCUCUAUUUGUCUCAGUAUCCAAGGAUAAUUGUCUAGUAAGUGAUGUCUAUGGGGGCAUUAUGUUGAAACAUUCAAAUAAAAUGUUUAAGAACAUUGAAUGGGUGGCAUUGUGUAAGUGAGCAAAUACAAUACAACUACCCACACCUUUUCACUUUUAUUCUCCCAAUCGCUGUAAGUAAUCUUUGCCCACAGGGUGGUAAAUGGUUAUAGCAUAUAGAACAGUCCAAUGUUAUUUGAUGAAUUACCCUAAAGGCUUUUACAUCUCUCUCUCUUAGUCUAAUUAAGCUGCUGUCAUCACUGUCCAUACAGGGCUUAGACUGAUAUAAAAGUAUAUGUACAUAGCAGACGAGCCAAUGUCAACAUAACAAGCUCACAUGUCUUUGGGGCAGCGGAAACUCAACCUAGACAUUAUCUUGCACACACAACAUAAGUUACAUCAUUGGUAACUUUUGAUGUAUGACUGACACAAUAUGAUAAUUCAUAAUGGCUUGUCAAUUUUUCCAAAGUUGGUCACGUUGUUGCUGUGACUCAGUGAGAAGGACAAGGUCAAAGCUACAGUAGGUGAAGUGUAAUGCUGUGGACAGUUAUGGACUGCCCUGACAUUAACACUGUCCUCCGUGCAUUUAGUGGACAAACGAAACGGAGGACAAAGAAAAGGGCUGAAUGAGUAGAAAAGACUCUCUGCCUUCCAAGUUGAUGAUUUCACCAUCAUGGUUUGUUGAUUGCUUGCGCUCCACGGCUGGGGUCAAUUCGAAUUCAAGGCAGUCAAUUCAGGAAGUAAACUUAAAUAACAAUUCAAAAUUGGGAAAAAUUGAAUCUAUUUUCAAUUACCUUUAAAUAAAAAUAUGUUUCAAAAGUUUUUUAAUUUGGGGAUUUUUAAAAUUACAAUCACUGAAUUGACUGCUUUCAAUUAGAAUUGAACCCAGCCCUGUUGCGCUCCCAUGGCAGUUGUGAGUAAACAGGCUACAGGGGCGUCUGAUCUAAUAAUCUGGGUUAGGAUGUAUACAGGGCUGACCCUGGGACUGCACUGACCAAACCGUGUGUGUGUGUGUGUGUUUUUAGUUUUACUAUCCUUGUGGGGAACAGAAGUCUUCACAAGGACAGUAAAACAAGGAACAUUUGGACAAGUAGGGAUAUUUUCGCUGGUCCCCACAAGGAAAAAGGCUAUUUUAGGCUAAAGGGUUAUUGUUACAGUUAGUGGUAGGGUUAGGGCAAGGUUUAGGGUUAGGGAAAAUAGGAUUUCGAAUGGGAAUCAAUUGUUUGGUCCCCACAAGGAUAGUAAAACAAACGUGUGUGUGUGUGCGCGUGCGUGUGUGUGUGUGCGUGCGUGCGUGCGUGCGUGCGUGUGUGUGUGUGUGUGUGUGAUGUGUUCCAGAUGGGAGGAGGAGCUGUCUAAGCGCCAGCAGAUGGAGGCCAUGGUGGAGACACUACAGGAGGUGAGCGCUCAUCUCUGCCAUCUUAAAUCAUCAUACCCACACCACUCUCCCACUUCUAGCUCACUGCAUCCCAAUACUGUGUCUUUUCUCCUGAAGUAUCUAGGCAUGGGCUGGACUAGAGGGAGUUUCCAACAUAUUUCUUAUACCAGUCAUUUCCUUUCAAAUCCAAAGUUCAAACGGCAUUGUCCGUAAAGGGACAAUCCAUGAAAGGAAGUGAAAAAGUGCACACUCUGGGAGAAAAUACAGAUUCUUGGGAUGCAGGCUCAGCUUCUGUGUUAGAGGUCUUCACAGGUCCACCUGAAGCUGAAUACCCGAGAUCCGGGUCCGGGUUCAAAAUUCUAACUUUUCCCUCAGGCCCGGGUCGGGUCCAGUUUGAUUGUCAUCGGGUCUUGGGUCUAUGUAAGUACAGCUGAUAGACCUGAGUGGACCUGACCACGGCUCUGCAUAGCCUAUAGCAUAUUUAUUUUAGCUAAUAAGGUGAAUUUAUUUAUUUAUAGAAGGCGUAGCCAAAAUAUAAAGACCUAUUUGUUAACCAGAAGAGCAACUUGGCUGAUAUAUAUUUUAAAUGUCUCUCAGGUCUGGUCUAGACGGGUCUAUGUCUGAUUGUUCUCGGGUCCAUUCGGUUCCUGGUCCCUCUUUUUUUUAUGAUAGGGUCCGUCCGGGUCUGAUUGUCCUCCAACUUUUUGGAACCGAUGCAAGAACACCUCUACUCUGUGUCAUGUGUGUGGGUAUUUUGCAUGACUGCCAGUAAGCUACCUAUUCAGGAGUUGUGAUAACUUAUCUCCGGAUGCCUCUGACAUAUGUAUCCCGUGUGGCUCAGUUGGUAGAGUAGGGUCCUUGCAAUGCCAGGGUUAUGGGUUUGAUUCCCACAGGGGACCAGUAUGGAGAAAAUGCUGAAUUCCAGAUUACUUUUAUUGGAGAUCUUGGCCCAAAACCCAGAACUCAAUCCACUUUGACAUUUUGUUGCUGUGAUGCAUCAAAAUAGUGGAUUGUAGAGUAAUAAAAUGUAUUUUCAACAUGUUAUGCAGACUUUUUCUUGAGAAAGGGAUACUGUUGCAAUAGGAGUUGAAUUGUAAUGUUUGUAAGAUGUUUAAAGACACAUUUUCAAAAUGAAAACAAGGGAUAAACAUGGAAUAAACUCCUUAAGGGGUUUAGAAUUAACGCAUGGUUAUUCAUAAACGUGUAAUAGUUUAUUGUGCUUCUACAUAUGUAUUGCUUGGCUGGGUUUCUGUAUAAGCACUUUGUGACAUCUGCUGAUGUAAAAAGGGCUUUAUAAAUACAUUUGAUUUGAUAUUGAACCUUGGUGUGUCAGGAGAUGAGUGUGAUGUGGCUGUGUGUCCAUGGUCUGCCCUCUCCAGAGUGCCCAGGAGUCUGUGGUGGUUCAGGGGGAGCUCACUGACAAGGUGGAGAGACUCAAGACAGAGCUGGUGGUCUUCAAGAGCCUCAUGACCGAUAAUGUAAGUAAUGAUGCAUAGGAUUUAUUUAACAUUCCCUUAUUCUCCUAUUGACACAGAAAUGGCAUGGUAAAAAAGUAAGUACAAAGUAAUCACUUAGUAGUGUGUGCUUCAUUUAAACUAGAAACACCCAACCUACUUUAAAUUGUGUGGACUGGUUGAACUUACUGUAAGUUGUUUUAAUACAACUUUUUGACACUUUAUGUAUAUUUUUUAAUUACACCCAUUUAUUACCACCCACCCAACGUACAUUUAGUUAUCCAUCCAUCCACCCACCUCUUCUGUAACUGAUGCAUGCUGCCACUCUCAGCUGUAGGUGAUAUGUACAGCCUGGCAGUCAGAAUGCUCACCACACAUUUUUAUCAUACUUCACAUAGACACCCUCCCUUGAACACUGAGGCCAAGAAAUUCCUUUGGAAUUGGUGGGAGCUAAAUUAGCUGCACACACAAACAGAAAGGCAGACAGACAGAUGAACGGUUGGUGGGCGGACAAAUGGACGGACGGACAGACAGACAGACAGAGGCUGAGUAGCAGUGAGAUGAGAAACCCUUAUGGCUCGCCUCACACAGCCUCCCCCUGUUCUUUGAGGCCCUGUGGUUUUGGCCAGCUUUCUAAUGAACACUCCACACUCUCCUAGUCUGUGGUCUGGAGUAGCUACGCUCACAGAUUAGCCAAAACCCACCCAGACUGUUGUUUCACACGCAAUGACUGUUGGCCCUUCCCAGUGACUUCUGAACCCUUUUAAGUUCAUUUGUUUAUUGUCAAACAAUGGCACCUUUUAAGUGCCUUUUCAGUUAGUUUAUUACUUUUAAAGUGCAAGUCAUGGCCUUCAAAUUAGAUUUAACUACGUAAUAGGAAAAUGUUGCCUCAGAAAACGAUACUCUCUUUCUGACAGUAUUAGGCAAAUGUAAGCGUUGACACAGCUCAUGGAUAUUAUCUGACUGUGACAAUCAACUCCAUCCUUUAGGAAAUGUCAGAAUUGGACACUGCGAUCCAGGAGAAGGCCAUGAAGGUGGACAUGGAUAUCUGCAGACGCAUUGACAUCACGGCCAAGCUAUGUGAUGUGGCCCAUCAACGCAACUCCGAAGACAUGAGCAAGAUGUUCAACAUGAGUCCCCACAUGAGCCCCUCCAGAGCACCCCCAGAGAGCAAGGUAAAUAGAUAUGUUUGCUUAUGUACGGUACAGUGUCAAACGCCAGUAUAUUGGGCCAUUCCAUAUGAAGAAGGAAUAAAGAUGUCCAUGAAAUUCUGUAUUUUACACACACACACUCUCACUCCCCUUCACACACAUGUAGUAGGUGCUAUGAAUGAGUUCACACACAGCUGACUAGUGUGUGGUGUGUUUGUCACAGGGCGCUGCUGCUGCGUCGUGCAGGAGGAAAGAACGUAAGGCUGUGUGUGAGGAGAGGAGUCCUGAGAUGGAAGCUGAGUCUGGGGGUGGAGAGGAGGAGGAGAAGGAGCAGGUCGUAGGGUCACUCAACAUCACAGACGAGAUGAAACGCAUGCUCAACCAGUUGUGAGUGGCCCAACCUUUGACCUGUGUUAUGUAACUUCCUGUUUUGCCUAAAUUGCUCAUGAGUGCUGGAUAUUUUAUCUUUGCCGUUGACCCGGAACAUGUCGAUUUUGACCUAGUUUAGUUCAAGGACUAAGGUCAAUAUGUUAUCCAACUAACUGUGUGGUUUGAGCCAUACAGUAUGAUUCUGUGAAUUAUAUCCCCACCGUAGUGUCUCGUUAGAUAGCAUCUCCUAGUCAGUUUCAUGUGUCCUUUGUUACUGUGUCAUGUUUUCAUCUGUCUGUCAGUCACUGUCUGUCUGUUUGUUUUCUCUCUCUUCCCUGUCCUCUUCAUUUGGCAACCCUUUUUAAAUGUGCAUGCCUUUCGGUUUGGUUUCCCCCUUCUCUUUUUGUCCUCUCUCUUUUCUCCCCUCCCUUUCCACCUUCAUGUCUCCUCUCUUUUUCUCUGUCCCUCCCUCUCCCCACUUCUCCAUCCCUCUCUUGUAUGCAGAACUUGCUCAGAUGAUAAUUCCUUUGUCACCAGGAGGGAAACGUUUGACUUUGAUGACGACUGUGACAGCCUGGCUUGGGAGGAGAAUGGGGAGACACUGCUCCUCUGGGAGGACUUCGCCAACUACAACACCCCCUGUGCUGCAGCCAGCGCUACUGCAGGCGCCUGUGCUGCAGCAGAAGGACAGGGGCAGGGCCCUGGGCAGGUUAGUGCUCCCCCUACUGCUCAUCCAAAAGCAGUGUCUGGGAACUUUAACUAAAAAUGUCUGUUGAUGAUUUAAUCACCUCAUGCCCUUGCGCUGUAAAGCCUUUAUUCUGAGUGGCCUCAGAGAAUGUAAAGGAAAUAUGUCAAUACAACUGUGUAAUUAUUUAUUUGAAUUUAUUUUAUUGUUUAUUGUCUAAUUGUGUGUUGUUUAACUGUGUGUUCGACCGAUGUUAAUCUACCUUAUCUAUCCAUCUACAUUCUACAACUGUACGAAUGUUAACUGUAUGAAAGUGCUUAUUGUAGAUAGCACUAGUCUCCAAGCUGCAAAAAGAUGGCGCUGUACUGGAUGACCUCUGUUUUGCAAGCUCCGACCCAACUUUGAUAUUUUGUUUGAUUAUUGCAUUGUUGAGUUUUGAGUUUGCAAGAAAGGCAUUUCACUGUACUUGUGCAUGUGACAUUAAAACUUGAAACUUGCAAAGUAAAGUCUACUACUGUAUUUUGAAUGUUGCUACAGUACACACUUUAAAUGGGUCUGUUGUGGAUUGUUAGGCCUCUCAGGAUGGCAGUCUGGGCAGCCUGAUCGACGAGACCGAGAUGCUUUUCCAGAACCGAGAGAAGGAGUACCAGGAGACCAUGGGGCAAAUAGAGGUGAGAGAUGAAGAGAACAGAGGUCACAGUUAAUGUAGUGUGACUCACUCUCCUGUGUGUUAGUCAUUCAUUGUUAUUAAUGUUUGGCUACAGUCCCAUCUUUAUCCCUCAACCUCUGCUUCUCCUUUCAAUCCCCCCCAGUAUGAGUUAGCUACAGCUAAGAGUGAUAUGAACCGUCACCUACAGGAGUACAUGGAGAUGUGUUCUAUGAAGAGAGGCCUGGAUGUGCAGAUGGAGACUUGCAGAAGACUCAUCAAGGGUUCAGGGGGCAACGGCAGGUCAGACACACCUCUUUCUCCACAUAUGAUGAGAAACAAUGUAAUUUCAAUGCAAUUGGCCAUUUUUCCAUUUGAUGCCGAAACGUCAACAUUAAUCAGUCUCAUUGUUGUUUUUUGUACAAAAAAAUGGAUUUACCAUCAGACAUUGUUAGUUGUUUCACCUUACAUGUUAUCAAGCACUAGUCUAGUAAAGUCAUUCUGGACUUGCUCUGUCAAUACAGUAGGCCUAAUCAUACAGAGGAUAUGACUGACAUCUUCCUUAUUUCCCUCCUCUGAUACAGGAAGUCUCCAUCAUUCAGCUCGGUGGCGAGCAGCGACUCAGGGAACAGUGAUGAGAUCCAGGAGGAGCUGGAGAAGGACGGAGAGGCAGUAGGAGGGGUCAGCUGA